AUGUUAAACUUGGUCGAACACAACCCUGUAAAAGUGAACUCAUAUGUCAUCGCACCUCAUGAAGUUUGGAAAGAACUAUUGAAACUUUUGACAGAGGCAGACGAUAUAAACAUCAAAGAAAUAGAACCCGACAUUAGUUGCUGUGGUGUUUCAUAUAAUGUCAUUGACAAGAUAUACGUUAUGAAAGGAGGUGAAACGUUGAACUUAAAGUAUAGUUUCCCAGACGUCAUAAAAAUAUUUGACGACCACAACAUUUCAUUAAAAUUUAUUUGCUAA